UCCUCCCCCUCUCUCCUUCUUUCCUUCUGUGUUUUUCUCCAGAGACCUCCAGUUUUUGAACACCACACUGUUCUUACCUACCGGCCCUCAACCCCACGCACACGAAGAGAGAAAGCCACAGAAGUCAUGUUCCCACUACGUGCACCCCUGUUGGCCGUAAUGGUCAGCGUGGCCUUGUGCCAGUAUUAUGACUAUGACUACCAGCCCGUGUCCGUGCUAGGACCCUCAGGGCCCAACUGUGAUCGAGAAUGUGACUGCCCAGUCAACUUCCCCAGCGCCAUGUAUUGUGACGGCCGCAAGCUCAAGAUUGUUCCCAUGGUCCCAACAGGGAUCAAGUACCUGUACCUGCAGAACAACCAGAUAGAAGAGAUCAAGGCGGGAGUGUUUGAUAAUGUCACUGAUGGACUUCGCUGGCUGGUGCUUGACAACAACCAGAUAGUCAAUUCUAAGGUAGCAAAGGGCACAAUCGACAAGCUCACAGCCCUGGAGAAGCUGUUCUUCAGCAACAACAACCUGACGGAGCCCAUCAUCCCUCCCUCAAAGUCCCUUGAUGAGCUGAAGAUGAUGCACAACAAGAUAACCAAGUUCCCCUCCGGACUCUUGUCUGACAAGGAGAACUUGACCUCCGUCAACCUUCAGUACAAUCAGCUGAGCUCCGACGCCAUCGGGGGGGCCUUCAAAGGGCCGAAGAAGAUGCUGUCCCUGGAUGUGAGCCACAACAAGCUGAAGAAGCUGCCAGCCGGAGUCCCUAGUUCGCUGGAAAUCCUCUACGCUGACUUCAACGAAAUUGACAGUGUCGGAGCAGGUUACCUGAACAAGCUGCCCGCGCUGCAGUACCUGAGGAUCUCCCACAACAAGCUGGUGGACUCCGGACUCCCUGCUGGAGUGUUCAAUGUUUCAUCACUGGUGGAGCUAGACCUGUCUUUCAACAAACUGAAGUCCAUCCCUGAGAUCAACGAGCAACUGGAGCAACUCUACCUCCAAGCUAACGAGAUCAACAAGUUUGAGCUGGCAAGUUUCUGCAAGAUCAUUACACCUGUCAAGUUUUCCCACCUGAAGCAUCUGCGUCUGGACGCCAACAACAUCACACAGACCAGCCUGCCUCCCGACUACUCCACUUGCCUGCGCGUUGCUACAGAUAUCAUGUUUGAAUAAGGACCUCCCUCAAACCUAUGACCUUUCCCCUUCCCCACUACCAUGACACAGUUCAGCCAAAAGCCUUCUGGAUUUAAAUGCCGUAAUAUCCCUCCUGUCGUUGUACUCACAUGUCCUUGCACAUACGUAAAUGUGAGAUACUGUAAUAGCUUCUUCCUUAAUUGAAUACAUAUCUUGAAUGAAUCAAGAGCUGGGCAAAUUUGAGAUACAAUAGAUGGAAAGACAAGCUAUCAACCUAUCUCGCCAAACAUGCAAUUAAAUUUAUCAAGCACCAAAACAAGUGUUUUAAAUAUUCGGCUCUAGAUAUGAAUGAAUACUUUUAUUGUUCAAAUAAACAUGAAGGCAAAAGGGAGGAAAAAGACAAAAAAAAAAAUUGUAAAGGACCAAAAGUGAAUGAAUUCACAUGCUUUGAAUAAAAACACACACUUUAAACAUUCCAAACAUGCAUUUGAUGAUAUUGAAUACAGACACAAUGGAGUAAACAAUGGCUCCAAUGUCUCCAUUCAGUCGUCAAUCGUUAUUUUGUUGUCUGUCUUGUAUGUUCCAAUGUUUAGCAUGUAUAUUAUAAGGUGGGUACAAUCCGUAAAAUCCAUUGCUGUGCAAAGGAACAGCAAAAAAGGACUGUGUACUCAGAUUUCAGUGUAUAAUGCCUGAUGAACAAAUGUAAAAUAGCAAUUACAUAGAAGUCACAUUUUUCAACAUCUUGAAUGAAUCAAAAUGGUUUUAAGGAAAAUACCAGUGUUAUUUACUUGUGUUGUGUCCGUGUCUACCAUGAUGUCCCACUGAUUGACAUCUCUGAACUAUAAAAUAUAUAUAUACCAAACAAAGAAAUUUCCAUUUUCUUGGAAAUAACCUUAAAGCUCAAUUUAAGUAGGACUUAUCUGUUUCUGAAGAACUUAUUGUUAAAGAGUAGCACAAUUAAUGACACAUGAUUAAAAGACAUUGGUAUUACCCUUGAAACUGCUUUCUCUGUUAAACCUUGAGAUGACAGGAUGAUGUUUUCUAGAAAUCACGAGUCAAAAUGUUUCUUUACCAAAUUUCUAGCUGUCCACUUUCAUGCUGAUUUGUAUACAUUUGCAUUACUUGCAUGCAGCCAAUGGUACCAUUCUUUGAUAAUAAACUACAGCUUUUGCAGUUAAGCUGCUCUCAUUGUUACGUCGUUGUUCACCAUGUUGGAUAAAAUGCUUCUUACCGGUACAAAGUCAACCUGGCAGCAGUGUCAUGUUGGUUGAAGUUUUGUUAUUAGAAUAUCACAUUUUUGUUUAGCGCAUUUUUAAUUUUAUCGUGAUUUCUUUUGUGGCCUUUGACUCGGUAACUGAUUUGCUGUGAGGAAACCAAACACAGUUGAAUAAACUAUGUUUCCAACAUA